UCCCACUUCCGGGUGGGUUGCUAUGGCAGCGGCCGCGGGCACUUGGGGCUUCUCCCUCCCGGCGGUGGAGAGGAUGAGGCAGAGGCUGCUCCGGGGGGGCUUAGCGACCGACUGCCUCCAGGAGGCCAUGGCAGAUAUAGAAAAUGAUGAAGAGACUGGAGUUUUUGUAGUGGGACGUGGAGGCUACCCAAACAAAGACGGUAUCAUCCAGUGUGAUGCAGCAAUAAUGGAAGGACAGCCUGGCCGUUUUGGAGCUGUAGCAGCUUUGCAUGGAAUUGGAACUCCACUUGCUGUCGCUCGUAAGGUCAUGGAAGAGACUCCUCACAGUUUUCUAGUCGGAGACGGUGCUGUGGCUUUCGCAAAGGACCAAGGCUUCGUCGUGGAAGAUAACAGCAGUUUGAUGAGUAAAAAGAGUACUGAGGCUUACCAGAAGUAUUUAGAAACAAAAAAAACCUUGAAGAAACAUGAUACAUUAGGUUUGAUCGCCUUGGAUAUCUAUGGAAACAUAACAGUUGGAGUUUCUACCUCUGGGUCUCCCUUUAAAUAUCCAGGACGAGUAGGCGAUUCUCCAUUGCCCGGAUGUGGGCUGUUUGCUGAUCAAGAGGUAGGAGCUGCAGCAGCUACAGGCGAGGGAGACAAGAUCAUGUGCUUCUGUCCUUGUUUUCAUACAGUCCUGUUAAUGAGACAGGGCUUGUCUCCUGUGGAUGCAUGCCAGACUGUUGUCCAGGAUAUCCUCCAACGAGCAGGAAAGGAAAAGAUGUUUGAACUUGGCAUAAUAGCAAUGAAUAUGAAGGGGGAAGUUGGAGCUGCUUCGUCCGUGGCAUUUCCGUACUGCAGCUGGUCUCAGGGAAAAGACGCCGUAGAGCAAGUGACCCAACAACCCUGAAGAAAUCAAGGGAAGACUUCUGUUUGGUCUCUGAUUCAAAGACUUCUUCGCCCGUUAACUUUCAGGAGUUUCGUUCCAGUGUAUGGGUGUAUAUUCUAAGAUUUUUCUUUGACCAAUUUUCUUUGGCUCUAAGAACUAGCCCAAAAUACUUCAGAGCCAGGAUCAUUUUUCACUUUUCAGGGCUUUGUAUUUUUAUGAAAACUUUCUCAUUAUUGCUACCACAAAACCUAAUCCUAACCUCUUCACCAUUUCUCGUAAUUUUAUUAAAAUUAUGACAAAA